UUACAUUAGUGUGUCCUCUCAUGAAGGUUCUCAGUCAUCCAGGUCAUGGUUGUCUAAGAAGCAUGGAGACACUUCAACCACCUGGAAAUACCCAGCCUGCAGAAGGAGACGUCGUUCAGGUUGUAGGACUUGGUGGUUAUAGGGUAAAUGCCAGCAGCCACCCACUCCCUGAUGAACCACCUAAUCUUCAGUGUGCAGACAUGCGUGUUGCUGACUGUGAGCCUACCAGAUACUCUCAGUGUACUGCAUAUGUGCCAUAUAACAACAGGCUGUGUCUAGAAGAACAUCAAGUAGAUGCACGUGGGGGUGAUUCUGGUGGUGGAGUGAUUUACAACAACAUGAUUUAUGGUGUAAUCAGUUCUGGUUUUGAACGUGUCUGUACUGGACCAGCUGUUACUGUGAAUGUUUGUUCUUACAUGAACUGGAUAAAUCAGAAAAUUGCCCAAAAUAAUGGAAAAUAACUGAAUGAAAAUAACAUCCAGAAUAAAC